AUGUCUAAAGAAGUAUUAGAUUUUCCGACUGUAAAUAUUCCUGAGACCAGGAGCUCCGAAGAAGAUGAUGACUCUUUUGACAGGAAGCUGGAAGAAAUGAAAGCUGACCUUGAAGAUCUUGAAAAUGAUUUCUCCAAGAAAACACUAGAUGAUCUAGUCAAGAAAAAUUAUAGUGUACCUGCAGUCAGGGUUACCCAUAGCCCAACUAAAGAUCUUGACGAGUCAUUGGAUAAGGAAGGAGUAGCCCCAGGUAAGAUAGGUGAAUCCUUAAAGGACAAAAGGAAAAAGAGUACUCUUACUGUCCCUGGAACUGAUCAAUUUGAAGUAGAGUCUUUCAAGUCAGAUAACUCUAUUUUGUUCGGGAAAGAGUAUCUUAACAAUAGCCAGGCAACUAUUAAAAGUGGAGUUAACAGCUCUGUCCUGUCUAAAGAUCAUUAUGAAAGGCUAGAUCCUAAUGGGGACUGCUUAACUUCAAGAUCAGCCAAAGAUCUCGACGAUAUCAGUGGAUUUGACCUUGAUAAAGACACUUUGGAUCUGAUUGAUCCUGAUGAAAUUAAUGAUAAAGGUGUCUCUGGUGGAGGACUAGCAUUUGUAGAUGAAGAAGUUAAAUUACAACAGGAAGGAGUUGACCAAGAAUGGCAAAAGUUCCUUAAAGAUGCUCAAAACGAACCUGGAGAGGAAAUCAAGCAGGCUGAAGUUUAUGACUCUGAAGCACAGAAGAAAGUGUAUCACCGGAAUUUAGUGACAGAUAAUAUUAUUGGACUGACAGAGAAGAAACAGGAUGCUAUUGCACCUAACUUUUAUGCCCAGACUGUGAAUGAAAAUCAGAUGAUUUCAGAGAAGGAUAUAGACCAUGUAAACUUUAACAAGAAUAUAAGCGAAAUCCUCAAUAUUGAAAUCGUGUUGUUGGUCUUGUCAAGAAGAAUGCUGCACUCUAAUUUAACAAGCGAUCUAGAAAUUGUCAGAUGGAAGAAAUUUCUUGUUAAGUUCUUGAAGAAAAAUGGUACGAAUCAUGAAGGUCUAUUUGGUAUGUCCCAAAUUCAUUUCUCAAUGGGAAUGCAUGAGGUAGCCCUUGAUUAUUGAAAGAAAGCAAUUGAUGCAUCAAAAGGUAAAGUUCACAUUUAUUAUUCAUGGAGAGCGAUCUAUUAUUACUUUUUGUAUCUCAAUUACAAGCUUCACAAUAUAAAAUCAAGAAGAGUUCCUGCUUUUUUCUUGAGUUGUGAGAGCUCUGCUGUUGAAGCUUUAGUGCAUUUGCCUGACAGUAUUACUUUACAGUAUCUCAUUCUUAUCCUCAGCUGUGAUCGCCAAGAUCUGAACAAGCUUCACCAAUCUAUGGCAAACAGUAAUUUGAAGGCACCUGCUGGGUAUGCCAGCAAAAUUAUGAAGCUGAACAAAUAUAUGGGCUAUAUCUCUUGGGCAGAAAUCUACUUGAGAGACCCAAAUAAGAAAGCUCUUGGGAACAACGUCCUCAUUGAUCUCAUGAGUGAGUACCCAAAAUAUCCGCUAGCUUUCUUACGAAAAUGGAGGCGAGAUUAUGACACUGAGCAAUAUCUUGACUCUUUGGAACCAAUGGAAGAGUUGUUCCUGAAAGAAGAGGAAAUGUACUCCAUUCCUGAGUUGAAAAUCAUUGUUGCUCUCCUAUAUGCCAAAAGUCUAGUCCGGACUAGUCAAUAUGUCCUUGCUUGUGAGCUGAUCCAAAACGAAUUUUAUAAGAAAACUACCCACGCUGUUUUCUUAUUUUAUUACGGAAAAUAUGCAAUGCAGAGUCAUUUAGCAAGCCUCCACUGGGCUUCAAUAGGUGUUUUCAAAGAAUGCUUGAAUUCAUGUGUAUCUCAUCGCUCAGCUAAGAUAUAUUACUAUCUUGGACUUGCUUACCAGAAGACUAGCCAACCUCUGAAGGCCUUAAAGUACUUUGGCAAGUCAAAGAGUGCCUUCAAGAAGAAUAAAUCAAAGGAUGAGUCUCACUCGCUUUGUGAUUACGAACUUGAACAAAUGGAGAAAGUUGAACAGAAGUAUAGCAAACUCCAAAGUUAUGAAUUUGUUAUUAAAAAGAAGGCCAAAGAGAUUGAAUACUACCUGAAAAAGAAGAAGCAAAGGCCAAAAAUUGGAGAAAAAGAGAAGAGCAGUCUUGUACAAAGAGCUAAUGCUAUCUACAAGCAUGAUCCUUACAAUGCUUCUCUCCUUAAAGUCCUUGUAUGCUGGGAUAUCUGCCAGGACAAGAAAGCAACAAUUGCUGCUUUCGAAGAGGGCAUUCGGAAAACUCCUAAUAAUGUGAAUGUUUUCAUUGAAUACUGGAAAUUCCUGAAAUACCUCAAGAAGACUGAUAAGAUGAAUGAAAUAUCAGAAAAGAUGAUGAAGAUAGUAGAUGAGCCUACAGUACCAAGCGAUCAAUGGGCUGAUGCACAUGAUAUCAGGUUUAAAUCCCUCCUCAGCUUGGGCAACUCAGAGGAUUCUAUUAAGAAAGCAGUUGGUGCUUUAAAGAGAAUCUGAUUUAUCCUUCCUCCCUUACCUCUUGAUGGAUUAUGGUACAUUGAAGAAGCAGAAUCAGAUGAAAAUCAAGAGGAUGAGACAGAUGAUACAGGAAAUAAUGAAAUUCAAGAGAUGAUAGAGAAAACUCAGAGACUAUCCAAGCCACAAUCUCCCAGAAGAAUGACUUUAACAAGAACAGGAACUGAAAGUUCUGGAAUCUUCUUGUCUUACAGAGAUAGGAAAUCACAUACUCCAGCAUCUCGAGAAGACAUUCUAAACAAGAUCCGCAAAAAGCUUAAAGGGAGUAGCUCGAGUAGCAUCAACUCGAAGGAUGGGGGUAUUAAAGGACUACGGAGGAAAAAUUCUUUGGAAGAGGAGAAAUUCUCUGAAUCUUCCUCCUCCAGCAAUUAUGAAGAAUACAAUAAUGUACUCAGAGUGACCUUCAAAUCUGACUUCAUGUACCAAAUAGGGAAGGUUUGUUGAAAAAGUGGGUUCAUGCUAGACAAAGCUUUGAAAUACCUAAAUGAUUUCUUGCUCAUAAUUAAUUUUUACAAGCAAGAUAUGGAAACUAAAUCCUACCACAAACUUCGGGCACAUGCUAUCUACUAUAUCGGAAUCACCUACUUCCAGCUAGGAGAUAAAGAAUACGCAGAGAAAUUUUUGAGGGAGAUCCAGAUAGAAAUAAUUGAAACUGAAGGAAGAGAUAGCAAGAAGGUCAAGAAAAUCGACUCUAUCCUGUCUAAAUAUUUCAGUGAGAGGUUCAACCCAAUGACGAGCUGCAUCUCAGGAUAUUUUUAAUUAAGAUUUAGCCCUUAUCAUAAGGUUUGCAGUAUAUUUCUUAAAUCCUCGACACCUUAUUUUGA